CUGCCCGACUCGGCUUCUCCGCCCCGUGCAAGGGACCUGCGUACUGUCAUGCGGCUGCCGGAGCCACUUCCUUCCUCUCUGGGCAACAUGGCGGGGGGUGAAGCUGGAGUGACUCUCGGGCAGCCGCAUCUUUCUCGGCAGGAUCUGGCUACUUUGGAUGUUACCAAGUUGACCCCACUUUCCCACGAAGUUAUAAGCAGGCAAGCCACAAUUAACAUAGGUACAAUUGGUCAUGUAGCACAUGGAAAAUCCACUGUUGUGAAAGCUAUUUCUGGAGUUCAUACUGUCAGGUUCAAAAACGAGCUAGAAAGAAAUAUUACAAUCAAGCUUGGAUAUGCAAAUGCUAAGAUUUAUAAACUUGAUGAUCCAAGUUGUCCUCGCCCGGAAUGCUACCGGUCUUGUGGAAGCAGCACGCCUGAUGAGUUUCCUACGGACAUCCCGGGGACCAAAGGGAACUUCAAACUAGUCAGACAUGUUUCCUUUGUUGACUGUCCCGGCCAUGAUAUCCUGAUGGCAACCAUGCUGAACGGCGCGGCGGUGAUGGAUGCAGCUCUUCUGUUGAUAGCUGGUAAUGAAUCUUGCCCUCAGCCUCAGACAUCUGAACACCUGGCUGCUAUAGAAAUCAUGAAACUGAAGCAUAUUUUGAUUCUACAAAAUAAAAUUGAUUUGGUAAAAGAAAGUCAGGCAAAAGAACAGUAUGAACAGAUCCUUGCAUUUGUACAAGGUACGGUAGCAGAAGGAGCUCCCAUUAUACCAAUUUCUGCUCAGUUGAAAUACAAUAUUGAAGUUGUCUGUGAGUACAUUGUGAAGAAAAUUCCAGUACCCCCUCGAGAUUUUACUUCUGAGCCCCGACUCAUUGUAAUUAGGUCCUUUGAUGUCAACAAGCCUGGUUGUGAAGUUGAUGACCUUAAGGGAGGUGUGGCAGGUGGCAGUAUUCUAAAAGGAGUGUUAAAGGUGGGCCAAGAGAUUGAAGUCAGGCCUGGCAUUGUUUCCAAAGACAGUGAAGGAAAACUCAUGUGUAAACCAAUAUUUUCCAAAAUUGUAUCACUUUUUGCGGAGCACAAUGAUCUUCAGUAUGCUGCUCCAGGAGGUCUUAUUGGAGUUGGAACAAAGAUUGACCCUACUUUGUGCCGCGCUGACAGAAUGGUGGGACAGGUGCUCGGUGCAGUUGGCGCUUUGCCAGAGAUCUUUACGGAAUUGGAAAUUUCCUAUUUUCUGCUUAGACGCCUUCUAGGUGUACGCACUGAAGGAGACAAGAAGGCCGCGAAAGUACAAAAGCUGUCGAAGAAUGAAGUACUCAUGGUGAAUAUUGGAUCCCUGUCCACAGGGGGCAGAGUCAGUGCUGUCAAGGCUGAUUUGGGCAAAAUUGUUCUGACCAAUCCUGUGUGCACAGAAGUAGGCGAAAAAAUUGCCCUUAGCCGAAGAGUGGAGAAGCACUGGCGUUUAAUUGGCUGGGGUCAGAUAAGAAGAGGAGUGACAAUCAAGCCAACAGUAGAUGAUGACUGAAGAAUCCCCACUGAAUAAUAACAUUUUGAUGAAGUUUCUCUUAUGUCAUAGGGGUAUAUUUUCACAGC